AGAUUCGCGAUUCGAACGUUGACCAAGUUGAAAGUGGAGAACGUGCCCUGUUUUAUAUUUACAGUGUAUUUAUGGUUUUUGAAAAAAUGAUUGAAGUGAUUUUAAAGCAAUACACAACAUAAAAAUAAUUUUUGCUAAAAAAAUAGUUAUUUUAAACUUUUUUAUUUAAUUAAACCGCAAAAAUGAAAGUGACAAAAUCGAAUAUUCUUUUAACAUGUUUCUCAUUACUAGUGAAUUUAAAAUUUAUAUCCCCAGUAGAAACAUCAUUAUCGAGUACACCAAAAUAUGUUUCAUAUAAUUCGUCGGAUUUAUCUUAUCUUUCAAACGGAAUACAAUUUCCCGCACCGGAAGCCACCGAAGUACCAACCGUUGAUUUAAGAGAAAUCGAAAAUCUUUCAGAAAUGGAAUGGUUUGAUCGAUUGUACGAUCAUCAUUAUUGGGGGGACAGAGUAAAGCUUCUUUCGGAUCCUCUCUGCCAAAAGGACAUGGGGAUUUACCUAGAGGCAUUGAAGAACGGCACUUCCUGGGCUGCCAAGAUGUUUGAUUCAUCUGGACGUUAUAACAGCCAAUUUUUCUUCGGGAAUGAUUUUUGGAUGGGUUCAAGCACUUCUUGUUGGGAUUUAACAAUAAACGCUACAUAUAGCGACGUAUCCCCGUUUGAAUUAACUUUUUACGUUAUCAAAGUGAGAAUUAAUAUAAACGAAGAAUUAACACCAGUGACAAGACAAUUAAAUAUUGGUCAAUGUUUACCAAAAUCGUGUAAAACCAGCGACGUUCGAUCAUUAUUAAUCCAAGAAAAAUCUCGAGCCACAUCUUUAAGUGUUGUGGAUGUUAGGCCAGUACCUGGAGAUUACUCAGUUUUGACAGAUGUUACGUUCUACAUACUCAGUGGAAUCUCUACGGUAAUUAUAGCUCUUAUUAUAACAGCGACAAUCGUCGAAAUUGUUCAUAUUCAAAGAAAACAGAAUCACGAAAGUAACAACAAUUUAGAAAAUGGAAAAGGAGUUAACAAAAAUUCCAACCAAGAACUUAAAACAAAUUUCUUAAUAAAACUUUUAUUAUGUUUUGGAUUUAGAGAGAACUCGCGAAGAAUAUUGAGCGUCGAUCGUUUAACAGACGAAAGUAUAAAAUGUAUCCACGGUUUACGAUUUUUUUCAAUCGCCUGGAUAAUUUUAGUUCAUACUUAUUUAGAAGUUUUCGCGAUAGCUGAAAAUAAAACGUUUAGAACUGUAACCGAACGAUCUUUUUUAUACCAAACGAUAUCGAACGCAACGUUUUCCGUCGACACUUUCUUUUUUAUAAGCGGCCUUUUAGUAACAAUCUUAUAUUUUCGUCAAACGAAGAAAAAAACCGAAGAAAAAAAAUCUAAAGACAACUUGUUUUUGGGGGAAUUUACAAAGUUCUUAAUGAUGGUUCUUUAUCGAUUUUUACGAUUAACUCCGGCUUAUCUUUUUGUUUUGGGCGUAAACGAAUUAGUAUUAAAAUAUUCACAUAAUAAUUCCGUUUUUUCACCAGCAAUGAUCGAUCAUUUUACUUGUGGAAGUUAUUGGUGGCGAAAUGCUUUGUAUAUUAAUAACUUUUUUCCACAAUCCGAAUUUUGUAUGCUUUGGUCUUGGUACAUUGCUAAUGAUACGCAAUUUUAUCUAUUAGCUAUUUUACUUUUGCCAUUUGCUAUAAGAAGUAAAACGUUUAAAUGGGUAUCAGGAAUAAUUAUAACAUUCCUAAUAACUUCCUGGAUAGCGACGUUUAUUAUUGCUAUGCAAUAUAAUUAUAUAGCGAGAGUUGAAGAACCGUUUGCUCUUUUUGAUCAACUUUACGAUAAACCUUGGUUAAGAAUUGGGCCGUAUUUAAUCGGAAUGAUAACCGGAUAUUUCUUGUUUAAAACGAAUGGAAAAUUAAACGUUUCUUUUUAUUUAUCAACUGCAGCUUGGAUUGUUUCUUUGGCGAUCAUUCUAAGUUUAGUUUAUGGAUUGGGAAGUAAAGGUUUAACAACACCUUUAUCGGCAGUUUAUGCCGCUUUUGGACACACAGCGUGGGGAUUAUCACUUGCUUGGAUAACGAUAGCUUGUUGUUGGGGUUAUGCAGGUCCAAUAAGCUCUAUAUUAAAUUUUAGGGGAUUUCUACCACUGAGUAGACUCACUUAUUGUGCUUAUUUAAUUCAUCCAGUUAUUAUGGUUUUUGUUAGUUUUAAAAUGGAUGGACCAAUACAUAUACACAACAUUAUGAUCUUUGUAACAUUCUUAGGAAACUUAGUAACAUCCUUCAUGGUGUCAUUCUUAAUUUCCGUGGCUUAUGAAGCUCCAAUCGUUCAAAUUUUAAAAGUUUUACUCAGCCCAUCAUCAUCAUCAUCAUCCAAAGAAAAUACUAGUUUAUCUGCUCAUUAAAUUUAAUUUAGUUAUUAAUGUAUUAUAAGAACUGAGAUAUUAAAAAUUCUUUUUUAUA